CCUUGUUCUCUCUCAAGCUCGCAUUUUCCCAGAAAUCUUCAGAAUUCUCAUCUCGCUAACCGAAUUGGAGAUCGGAGAUGGCGUCGAGUGCGGCGGUUCCGUUCUGGAGAGCAGCAGGGAUGACGUACGUUACAUACUCCAACAUCUGCGCGAAUCUCGUCAGGAAUUGCCUCAAGGAUCCCUACAAGGCCGAAGCCCUCAAUCGCGAGAAGGUUCAUUUCGCCAUUGCCAAAUGGGCUGAUGGGAAAUCCCAGAAACCUACCAUCCGCUCGAGCGCCGACGAGAAAUCAGACUGACAUUGAAAUCUGAGGUCUGAAGUAUUAUUGCUUUAUGGGCAGUUGAGAGAUGCAAGAACAUGUUGGCAUAAGGAUCUUUCUUGUUUUUUUUAACCAGCAAACAUGCUUUGAUGUCAUCAUCUUAAUAAAGGACUUGUAGCCCUCUGUCUUGCUUGAGACAACAAUCUUAUUUGUGCAGACUGAUAACUUUGUCUUGGCUUCCAUUGUCAUAUCAUGCUUCUGUUUCACUUUGCACAAACCCU